UCUCAAUCUCGUCAGAACCAUGCACUGCCACUCACUUCAUGAAGCCGAGCGAGCUGAAAAGGUGUCUCGGGUCACACAGUGCGUGGUCCAGGGAUAUGCUUGUUAGCGGGGCACGAGAUUGGACCGAGACUUUAAAGGAGUCUUUCUGCCCUUCCCGAUUAUGUUUCCGGUAACGAUUCAAUCGAUGGCUCGAUUUCUCUCUUGCUUUGUGAAGCCAUUCUAUUUCAGCAUAUUUGCAUCAAACCAGCUGCUUUUGCUUCUCAUUCGCCCAAAAUUCGGAAGUGAGAGCUCCACGAGGAACAUCGGCAUUUUCAAUCGCGCCUCUUUGCCCGACUGUCACUGGAAGCUCUUGGCAGAAUGCGCCAGCGGACACCCCAUCGAAAGUCAAGAUUUGGGUGCAAGGAGUGUAAGCAACGUCAUGUUAAAUGUGACGAGUCCCGGCCGGCAUGCGUCAACUGCACGACUGCGCUCAGGAGAUGCUCAUACCUCGACACCGAGGCGAUGAUACCAUCAUCAUCCACGUUCUCGUAUCAAUGUCCGAGCCCAGCAACAUCAAUAGGGUCAUCAACAGCAAGCCCAGCGGUGCCCAUUAAUCCCCCGGAACAAGCCACUUAUCGCAGUAGCUAUGUGCCGACAGACCCAUACGAUCUCCGGCACAUGGAGUUGCUAUAUCAUUUCGAGCAUAACUUGGGCUACAGCCAAGGGUUCGGCGAUCCUAUUACGCGGCAAAAAUACCAACAAAUGUCAUUGAAGCAAGCCUUUCGGGUGCCUUUUCUGAUGGACGAGCUUCUAGCUAUAGCUGCAGCGCAUAAGAGUACUUUACCUGGAGAAGAUCAUGCCUUCUAUCGCAGUGAAGCAACUCGACUACAGACAAGAAGCCUUUCACGUUUCACCGUAGCUGACGGCGAUCUGUCUGACGAGGACUUCCUGACAGUAUUCCUGUUUUCCACCUGGCUCGGUCAACACGUUCUUUUCGACACGUUCUCGGUCCCCGCUGAUCUUCCAGUCACUCUGGAUAAGCUAGUACACUGCAUGGGCCUACAUCGGGUCGUUCGGAGUGUCGUAGGGGGCUCGUGGGACAGGCUCCGGUCUCACUUUGAUACCCAUCUAGGUGCAGGGAGCCGCUUUGUGCAGGACAUGAUAAUCAGAAGAGAACGGUACGAGACCGGCAACGAGUGUAGACAUCUGUUGCGCCUCUUUGAAACGAGCGGCCUCAAUGAUGCGUCCAAAGCAGCGUGCCAGGAAGCAGUUGAGCACCUGCAGCUCAUGUUCGACAUUCAUCGCAACACGGACAUACCUGCGGGCCGGCGGUACAGCACGGUACAGGAGUGGUCGAUUCGGGUGCCAGCAGAGUAUGUCAGCCUGCUCGACCAAAGACGCCCUGAGGCGUUGGUGGUGCUGGCUUAUUGGGGCGUGUUGAUGCACAAGGCGGGAGACUGCUGGGCGUUCCGGGGCGCGGGACAGACCCUCGUACGGUCCAUUGCAGCUCAUCUUGGGUCGUAUUGGGGAGAGUUAUUGGCGUGGCCGAAGGAGAUGACAGAAGCCCCUGUGAUUUCGAUAUUAGGUCCGACUUGAGCCCAUCAUGAAUAAAUGUCCGAGAGGCAAGUGAUGGAGAUUAGUAUUCAUGAUUCAGCUUCUUUCGCCUAGUGUGAGGUAUGGAACCAGACCGGAUGGCAGCCAUCUUCGUCUCAUGCUCAAUUGCGACAUGCAGCGUCUAAACAUGGAUGCUGCUGACCCCAU